AUGUCAAGAAAGGAUCCUAUUAUACCAACUCCUUCCACUUUUACUAUACCACAUUCUCAACAUACUUCAUCCUCAUCUUCAACUAACCAAACCAACUAUGGCGAAAUACCAACUAGGCCUCUCACCACUUUGUCUUCUGUUCCCACGCGUACUACACCUCCAUACGCCGAAUCUAGUAGUAUCGCAUCAACAACAAAGUCUAAUACUUCUUUACCAAAAUCUCAUUCCUCUCAAACUGAUACUACUGGUUAUCGACCUCUUAAUGUGAAGGAUGCACUCUCUUAUUUGGAUCAAGUGAAAAUUCAAUUUGGUGAUAGACCUGAUGUUUACAACCGUUUCCUGGAUAUUAUGAAAGAUUUCAAAAGUCAAAGUAUCGAUACGCCAGGUGUGAUUGAACGUGUAUCUACUUUGUUUCAAGGUCAUCUUACCCUGAUUUCUGGAUUCAAUACAUUUUUGCCCCCAGGAUAUCGUAUAGAAUGCUCUACUGAUCCACGGGAUCCCGAUUUGAUUCGUGUUACUACGCCUUCUGGAACUAUCACCACAUCAACCAAACUUCAUCCUCAGCAUUAUCCUCCUCCACCUAUGGAUAAAGCUACCAUACCUGCAAACCCUAUGUAUUAUGGAUUACCCUAUGCAAAUUUCAACAAUGCAAUUAACUAUGUUAACAAAAUCAAGAAUCGGUUUAUUGAUAAUCCUGAUGCUUAUAAACAAUUCCUGGAAGUACUACAAACAUAUCAAAAGGAAGAACAGAAAAUCGAAGAUGUGUAUGCUCAUGUACAACGACUCUUUCAUGGACAUGGUGAUUUAUUGGAUGAAUUUCAACAAUUCUUACCUGAACAAAAGAAAAUGAAACCUGGAAAUGAAACAUCGAUUAAUCAUGAUGAUGAUGAACGAUAUAUUAAACGUGUUGGAUAUAGUAAUAGUCAAGGUUUUGAUCCAAACAACCCAUCCAUUUCAGCAGGAGAAGUGGAAUUAUUUGAACAAAUUAGAAAGCACAUCGGCAACAAACCAUCCUAUGAAGUCUUUUUGAAAUUAUUGAACCUUUAUACUCAAGAUAUUGUUGACCUGGAUACAUUAUUGGAAAGAGUGGAUAGCUUUUUAGGAAACAAACCCGAGUUAUUCGAUUGGUUCAAGUCUGUUAUUGGAUACGAAACUACUGUGGUCUCCUCUUUUUCCAUCUUUGGUUCUGAAAAGCCUCAUCAUAUUAUACCCAAGCCUGACCUUGUGCGCUGCAAAACUGUUCGUGAUAGUCCCAGUUAUCGGUUGUGGCAACAUCAACCCUGCUCUGGUCGGGAUAGUUUAUGUUGGGAAGUGUUGAAUGAUGCUUAUGUUUCUCAUCCAAUUUGGGCAAGUGAAGAUAGUGCAUUUGUAGCAUCAAAGAAAAAUCCUUAUGAAGAAGCCAUGCACCGCUGUGAAGAAGAUAGAUAUGAAUAUGAUCUCAAUAUUGAUGCCAAUCUGAAUUGUAUAGCUUUGCUUGAACCGAUUGUCAAAAAGAUUGAAAUAAUGUCACAAGAAGAACAAGAAGAAUUUACUCUUACUCCUGGUUUGGGUGGACAGACCGUUUCUAUUUAUGAGCGCAUACUGAAGAAAAUCUAUGGGUCAGAUCGUGGUUCUGAGAUCAUUCAAAUGCUAUAUUCUGAUCCUGCUCGUGUGGCACCUGUGGUCAUGAAGCGAUUGAAGCAAAAAGAUAAAGAAUGGACAAAGGGACAGCUCGAGUGGAACAAGGUGUGGAGGGAAAUUGAUGAGAAAAAUUAUUACAAGUCGCUGGAUUAUCAAGGAUUGACCUUUAAAACUACAGAACGCAAGACUAUCACCAAUCGCUACCUACUCAACGAAAUUGAAUCCAUUUAUCAGCAUCAAGACGAUGAGGAUGAUGACACAGACAAGCAUCCAAUGGAUAAUGUUUAUCAAUUCACAUGCGACGAUAUAUAUAAGGAUAUUUCACUUUUGAUUUUCUCAUACAUGGAACACCAAACUGGAUUCAGUAAAGGGGACCGCGACAAGGUACGGCAUUUUUUACAGUUAUUUGUUCCACGCUUUUUCGAUAUGGAUGACGAGGAUGAAGAUAUGGAAGAAGCGAAUGAUCAAGAUGGCGACGAAGGUGAUGAUACUAAUCCAUCCUCUCCUCCAUCUGAAGAUUAUUCUGAUGCUGAUCACCACCAAGGGAAAACUAAUAACAAAAAACAACGACGUCAAGUACAGCAACGUAGUAGUCAACGACAACAGGCCUUUAGGUCAUCAUCAAGGAUCAAAACCGCAACUGCAAACAACAAUCGAUCCAAGUUAAAAUCAGAUGGACUGUCCAAUGACGAAGAAGAUUCAAGCAAUCAGAGUGAAAAUAGAACGGAUCGUACAAAUGAAAAUAAUGACGAACAACCUUUGAUAUUGGAGAAGCAAACUAUCAGUACGGCAACAUCACCUACAACCUCAUCAACAUCAUCUAUUUCAGAGACGGCACUUUCAUCUUUACCUUCUUUGGACGAAUAUGAUCAAUCAAAACAACAAUUUCUUUUUGGAAACUCACACUUUUAUUGCUUUAUCAGAUUAUACGAGAUACUCUUUGGACGAUUAGCGAAAAUGAAGCGACUUGGAGAAAAACUAGGCAAUGAAUCAAAGGCUGAUGAUUUCAAUAGUGUAGCAGAAAAAUUAGGACUGAAAUCUAAUCGAUUCGAUAACAUAGAUUUGACUCAAGGUCAUUACAAAGCAUUACUGGAACAAAUUGACCGCUUCUUUGAUUCCGAUGUGGAUAUUGCCAUGUUUGAAGAAAUUGCUCGCUACCUUUUUACUACUGAAGCUUAUAUCCUUUUCAAUAUAGAUAAAUUGGUGCAUGCCUUGGUGAAACAGAUUCAGACCAUUAUUGGUGAUGAAAAAUCCAUGGAACUAUUACGUUUAUAUCAAGAUAAUCACCAACUAAAUAAAGCAGCGAUCUAUCGUCCUCUUUCCGUAUACCGUGACCUGGCAGAAAAUAUCAUUGGUCAAAAUGAACAUGUAUUCCAACUGGAUUACAACAAGGAUAAACAGCGACUUUCUAUUCACUUGGUUGGACAAGAUGGAGAAGAAACUAAUCAAUACGAUCAACAUGAAAAAUACUUGACAAGUUAUAUGAAAUGGCCCAAAGUGACACAAGGUUUAACUACAUCUCUGAUGAUCAAAUCCAGUCUCAAAAGAAAUUUGAUAGGAGGGAUGAAAUCACUAGAUGACGUGAUUGUAGAAAGCAAACUUGAAUAUCUAGUAGAUGACGAUACUUAUCGACUCUCUUACAAACCUGAUACUGAAGAUCUCUUUUAUCGACCAUCAUCUUGUGCAGUCUCUUGGACCAAAUACCGGUGGGAAAAUCUUUUAUUGUCUAAAGGAUUCAGUCAUGAAGAUACGGAAAAAGAAGCUAGACAGUUACUUAUUGGCAAGCAUGGACUCUCACUAGAUUAG